AUGGAAGGACGCGAUGACCAGAGUAAGAAUUGCUCAGUUUCGAUCUCCACGGCAGCAGAUUCUGACUCGGCGCGCAGCAUCACACGACGGGCGUUCGCGCGCGUGGGGCUGUUGGGGAAUCCCAGCGACGGCUACAACGGGAAGACUCUUUCCUUCUCCCUCGCGGACUUCUUCGCUGAAGCAGAACGAUCCAAGAAGCAGCGGCUUGAGCGCGCGGAUGGCGGCGUUUGUCUUCUAGUGUCGCUGUGCGCGUGCGUACACGACUACUGCCAGCUUCACGGCGUUGACUUGCCACAACACGCCGCGUUCACCCUCUCCUACUCCACCAACAUUCCUCGCCAGGUGGGCCUGUCAGGAUCCAGUGCAAUCAUUGCUGCCGCUCUAAGCUGCCUCCUUCAUCAUUACCACCUUCACCACGCCAUUCCCAUACCUGUGCGCCCGAACCUCAUCCUCGAGGCCGAGAGCAGGCUCGGCAUUGCCGCGGGCCUGCAGGAUCGGGUCAUCCAAACCUACGGUGGACUGGUGUUCAUGGACUUCAACAGACCACACCUAGAAGCACACGGGUACGGCAUGUACCAGCCCAUGGACCCAGCCCUCUUACCUCCUCUGCAGGUCAUCUUCGCAGCCAAUCCCAGCGACUCAGGCCACGUGCACAGCUCCGUGCGCGCCAGGUGGCAGGCCGGUGACGUGGCGGUGCGCCAGGCCAUGGCUGACGUGGCAGCGCUGGCAGAGGAGGGGCGGGAUGCACUGGUGGCACGGGAUUGGGGGAAGCUCGCUCGGCUGAUGGACCGGAACUUUGACCUGCGCAGGCAGAUGUUUGGAGACGAGGUGCUGGGAGUAGUGAUUAUGAGCAUGGUGCAGGCAGCACGGGCUAUGUUUGGAGACGAGGUGUUGGGGGAAGUGAAUCUGAGCAUGGUGCAGGCAGCACGGGCAGUGGGGGCAGCAGCCAAGUUCACAGGCAGCGGUGGUGCUGUGGUGGCGUUUUGCCCUGAGGGGGAGCAGCAGAGAGCAAGGCUCGUGGAGGCGUGCAGAGAGAAGGGGUUCUGUGUGGUGAACGCUCAGGUAGCUGCUGCUGUGGAGUUGGAUUGA